AUGGAUGAUUCGGUAGAGGAUCCCGAUCUCCUAAACGAAGAGACAUUCGACUGUGCAGAGAUAGGUGACUGGGAGAACGAACAUGAUGAAUUUGUGCAGAAUUUUCAUAAAGUUUGCGAAGAAUCUCCAACCGCUGAUGAACUACCAAAGUUCUGGAAUGACACUGGUGGUCUUUCGUUCUUAUGGCAAACGGAUGACCUCGGUUGUGGUGUGACUGUGGAUGAUGGGGGCGAAAAAGUUGUCGAUGUUGAGGAAACACUUCAAAAGCUAGUAUUAGAUGAGACCUUUGAGGAUCCUGCAAUCCUAGAUAUAUCCAGGAAGGUUUCUUACCAACAGCUCAACGAAGACUCAUUUCAGCAUCUGAGAAACGCACCUGCAUAUCCGACUGCUCCUACUGACAUAUUUGAUAGGACUCGUGACAUCUGGAGCAUUGAUGGUAGUUAUGAGAUUGGAUAUGGAAGUGGCAAGACCAGCACAGCUUCAGACUGUAAUAUGAAGUCGAAAAACGUAAUCGAUAUACUCCGAUCAUUAAAUGUUUACCCUCCACCAUCUGUCAAGACUGUAUCUAUACCACCAGAAGCUUCUACAGAAAAUUACUUGUCACGUAAGGUAGCUACAGAAUCACAAACAAGAGAAGUCGGUACUGAAUUAUUCUCCAAAGCUUCUCAAUCUUCAAGAAACCUCCAAAAUAUUGUACCAGUUAGUCAGCACAAAUUGUAUCCUAGCCCUGUGUUUUCUUCUGGGAAUCGCGUCUGCCAGUCACAAGCAGUUCAAAAUUCUCUAUCUGUCCAUCAGAAUGGAAUACAUGCCAAUCAUUUACGCGCUAACCCCUUUUCAUUGGAUAUUUUGAAGGGACAGUUUCCCACUGAUGCCAAUGUUUUCCCCACGUUACCGGCAAUGCAGUCUGUAUUUAAAAAUCUACAUCUCUCAAAGUUGGAUUACUCACAAACUCAUGGUUUAGCAUUGGUGCGAAAUCAAUGCAUUCUUCAACAAAAACCACCAGUCGUUUCACCUGUUUCUUCAAGUCAGCACAAUCCUUUGAUGUCAUCUCCGAGUGUUCGUGGAAUAAUGUUGCCAAAUGUCCAACCCAAUAGUUUUCCGCUUUCAUCAUACCUCUCAUGUUUUCCUGUUCAACCAACAAAUAUCGAGUCGAAACAGUCUGUUAGUCUUCCAUCAACUAUUAUACCGUGUUCAAAACAACCAACAGGAUUCGUUGCUCCACUCGAGGAAGUGUCCACAGAUAAAGAAAGCGACCCAAAUAGUGGUGGUUGGAUGACAGACUAUGAAGCAAUUGGUGUGUUAUUGAUUCAGUUGCGUCCUUUGAUGGUAUCUAAUCCCUAUGUCCAGGAUUAUUAUUUCGCAUCUCAAUGGUUGCGACGAAUGAAUGCUAUUCAAUCUAAACAUAUUUCAAAAGUUAAAAUGAACACUACAACUUCACCAGCAACAGUGCAACUUCCUAUUCCUAUACCACUUGAAAGCUUAAACGAUUCCAAUUCACCGUAUCAAGUAACUCUGAAACAUAAACUUGUUAUUCCUUUUCGUGCUGUGAAUCGCCAUCCUAGUUUUGACCAAAACAAAGAUGAAAACUGUGAUAGCUUAGAAAAGAAAAGUGCAUGCUCAGAAACUCCAACUUCUGAAUCAAGUAACGCACUGGGUCGUCCAACUAGAUCCAAUGUUCAUCGGCCACGUGUUGUAGCAGAGUUAUCACUAGCGUCCGCAUUUACCUCUAAUGCAGAAACCAAUUAUCCCGUGAUACCAAUAAAUAAUCAAACACUGAACACAAAAGUUGAUGAUGGUCAUUAUAUAUCUGCACUUUCUGAGUCCUCUGAUGUGAAGGCUAAUCGUCGUCGUUUGCUGAUUCUCGCUCAAAUUGAACGUAUGUUUUCAAUAUUACUGAUCUUAGAUGAAGUUUCCUUAUCUCUUAAAAGAGUUGUUGUUCAAAAUGACGCACGUUCCCGACUGUUAGAUUAUCAACAAGAACUGAUUAACCAACUAAUCAGUGGACUACUCCAGUCAUCAUCGAUAACAAGCGAAGCCACGUCUAAAGAAUUCAAAUCAGUCGUUGAGAAUGGUCUGUUUUCAUUGCCAGACAGUUUUUUCUCUAUUCAUAAAGGAAUGCGUCUAUGGUGUUUAACUCUACAUCACCUACCGACAAAAAUUCAAAUAAAUUAUUUGUCACAAUUUAUUCAUGAUUUCCUUCGACUUCGUCAGCUUUGGCCAACUACAAUAGAUGAAGCUGCUUCCAUAUUCUAUCCUCAUUUACGUGAAAUUAUAUAUCAAUUGAAACAUAUUAACGAUUUCUUGAAGUUAUGCUUUCCUGAAGCAUUAAAGAUGAAUUAUGAUUCACAGUUAACUAUUCCUAUAACUGAUAAUUUGAAAUCUCUUUUAUCGUGUAAACUUGGCUUAUCUUUGAUUUUUUGUUUGCUCGACGCAUGUGCUCGUGCCUCCAACCCCACUGAUCCAUCAGAUUUUAUUCAAUUUGGAGCGUAUUUCAGUUAUGCCAAUUCAUUUAUUGAUCGUACUUGCAUUAAUAAUACCACUAAUGAAUGUGAUUAUGUUAUGGAGUCAUUUCCACAUUUAGCUUCGAUUCUAUUGUUGUACAUUAAACCAUCGAAAUAUGGUCUGUUAACUAAUGAUCAUUUGAACAUAUUUUGUGAUUUAGCAACCAAAACUAAUAAAACAUCAAAUAAUGAUAUUACUAAAUAUACUACUAUUACUACUACUACUACUAAUAAUAAUGAUAAUAACAAUAUGGAUGUGAAUCAGCAACUAUCAACUGGGAUCAUUGAUUCAGCUACUGUUAACCAUGCUUCAGUUUCAUCGCUAUCAUCGUCAAGUUUGACACAAUGCUGUGCUACAGUGAGUAAUUCACAUAACUCUGCCGUAAAUAGUCAUCAUCAUGCUACUCAACAACAACAUCUUACUAUGGACAAUUCAGUACAGACUUCGAAUUCACAGAAUUCUGAAAAUGUUUUGUCAAAUAUUACGAAAAAUCCUGAUGAUCUAUCUGUGUCAGUAGUUGAAUUUAGUAAGCAGGAGGAAGAGGAAAAUGCAAAAAUCCGUUUUAUUUUCAAAGAAGUUUCGUUUAUUGAUCAUUCGAACAUUGAACAAUUAAAUGGAUCAUGUGUUGUAAACACCGCCGUUUUCUCAUUUGUUUUUCUUUAA